UGCACUCCAGCCUGGGCAACAAGAGCGAAACUCCGUCUCAAAAAAACAAAACAAAACAAAACUAGGCUGCUCCCUAGGACUAAGCUCAGUGUCAAAGUAUAUUAUUGGAGAUGGCAAGUUAUUUCUGAGUAAUUGCAAAGAUUUGACAAAUCAGUGCGGCCCCACAGCCCCACUGCUGGUGGCCCCAGGGCUCCCAUUCUAAGACAGUUUUCAAUAGAAACUUUUCUUUUGUGUCAGUGCUAAAUACCCUAAAUAUGCCCCCCUUUUCUUUCCAAAAAAUUAAUCCUCUCUCUAUCAUUGGGAUAUUUAGCAUGGUGGGAUUGACCUUUUACUUUUACAGCCUGUAUUUUUUUUUCUUCAGUCAGGGAGUGUGGUUACUUUAAAGGAGUCUUCUAUUUCUUUAAAUUGCUUUUGAAUAUUAAAAGUCAAAAUAUAGGAACAUUUCUAUUAGGAAAUCAAAGCAAAAUGUGCGUCUUAUGUUUAAACUCAAAAACAGCCAAAAAGAAAAGCAAGAUAAACAUGAAAGUGUUUGCAACACCAUGAUGAUUGCACUGGAUUUCCAAUCCCUAUGCUUUAAUACUUCCCUCAAUUUUACAAUCUCUUUAAUAUUAUUAGUAACAGCUAAAAUUUAUUAAAUUCCUAUAAUGUACCAGUGCGAUGGUACUUCUUCUUCACAUCAGUCCUUUUGGUAUCUGUGGUCAACAUUUUACAUUUGACAAUAAUGAGCCUUAGAAUACGUGACUCAAAUGCGUCAUGUUCAUUGCUCAGAGUCAAGACUGGAAUAGUGUUCUGGCCAACACUGUUACUCCUGUUGCUUUCAUUCUUAUUCAGAUAUCGUAUUUUUUUCUGUCACUGCUAAAUUUGCUUUGCUCUUUAAGAACAGAAAAAUGUAUCCAUGCAGUUUUUUCCCUUAUUUCAUCCACUGAAGAUUGUUCUGUAAUGUGUAACUGGAGUGGACGCCUAAAUAAAUCUUCCUUUCAGGUAUCUGGUUCUUUAUUGAACCCGCCACAGGCUUUUUCUAAAAGAAAAGUCUGACUCCUUGAACUGUGAAAUCUAAAAUACAAAAGGAUGCCAAUAAAUAAAAGGAAAAAAUCUAUUUUCCUCUUAUACUAUGUAUUUGUUUACUGAUCUUAACUUCACAAUUGAACUGAUUGACAAUUUCUGUGUGUAGGUAGCCACCAUUAUAGACUUUUCUCCUUGUGGCCUCUUGUACACAACUGUUAAAAGCACAACUGAUAGCUGGAGUUUUAUACAGUUUGGAUGUAGUUCACAUCUGGUUAAAUUUCACUUUCGCUAAGAAUUCUAUUUGUUUCUUUCUUGAUUCCUGCUCUUUAGAAAUAGUUUAAUCUAGGCUGCUGGGACUUUUUUCCUUGAAAUUCCUUACACUUUACAAAAAUUACAAAUAAAACUAUAAACCCAGAUUUACUUAAUUAUGAAUUUAGAUUAACCAAACAGUUGUAUUAAUUUGGUAAUGACUGGAUUAUUUUUACUGCUGAAGCAUCCAAAUGCCAGCUACUUAGGUCACUGGCCUUGGAAUAGUAGGAGCACAGAUGUGUACACCACAGAUGGGAGCCAGAAGGGACUAAAAAUAUGCAAAAUAUCCAUGUCCCUGGAGGUCUCAAGGAUAAAAGCCUUCUCCUUUUCAGCUUGAUUCAUUGGGACAUGAACAUAACAUUUGCUGUGUCGAAAAAUUGGCAACUACCAUUCUGGCAUGAAAAUUAUGUUGUGCAAAAAAUUAAACAGUUUCCUAUUUCAAAUAUCUGCUCAUUGGAAGUUCUGUACAUAUCUUUUAACUGUAUUUUGCUUUCAUGAAUCUAAAAGUAAAUCAAUUAUUAUAAAGUCACAAGUAUAUUUAUCAGCUAAACUUAUGAAUUUUUAUAUCAAUUUCAGAUUGUUAAAAAUAUAAACAAGGUUACAAAGAAUAAGUACCAUCUCUUGCUCACUGUGGUUCAGGUACAUUGUGUUUCUUUCUUUUUCUUCCCAGAACUCACCAACUGCUUCUUGUUCAGAGUCUUUGCAUUUACUGUUCCAUUACUGUUCCCUGUGUAGAGAACAGUCCUCCUCUGGCUCUGGGCAGGGUUGUGGCCUUCACGGUUUAGGUUCCACUCACCUGUCUCCUCUUAAGAGAGACCUUUUCCAACCAUCCUAUCUAAAGGAGACCCCCCUCAAAUCAAGUAACUUUCUGUUAUUUUAUCUAGAUUAUUUCCUUCAUUGUUCCUUUCACGGCCAGCGAUUAUCUUUACUUGUUUACUCCUGGUCUUUUAGGGUGAUAAUGAAUCAUGCCCUCUCUCUGUUCCAAGUCCGGAAAAAAAUAAGUUGAAUAAUACAAAAAAGAAUCAGAUAUAAUUCGAAAAGAUAUUUUAUUAAUAAGGUCUGUUGAAAAGCAUGGUUUACAUUUUCAACAAAGUUUCUCUCCAAAUUAAAAUCACAACCGUUAGCUGACACCCCUCCCCCACCUCCAAAUGGGACUGAACAUGCUCCCGAUACCUUAAUCCCAAGCGGACAGAAAUGCAUGCGAGUGAAACGGAGAACGGAGAAAAGUCAUCCUCAGUUUCUCUUCCGUGUUUCACAAAUCAUAUAAAUUAGGGGACAGAGAGAGGCAGGUAUACUCUAAAACAAUUUUAUCCAGGGCAUAGAGGUUUCCUUCCCUAAAUAGAAAUGUGAGGUGUGGAAGAAAAGUACAUCACCUUAAUAUUACUUCUUUAUAAUCGGCCUCCCUUUCAGAACGUGUUUACAUCAUUCACAGCUGUGCCUCUAAAGCUUAGAACAGUGGCUGAAACAGAUCAUGCACUCAAGGAUCAUUCCUUAAGGGAUGUAUGAAAUACAAAUAUAAAUUACAUAAUAUUGUUUGCUUAUUAAAUUAACAGAGACUGUAAUUGGUAAUGCCUAGUACUGACUAUGUGGCAAAGAGACAUGAUUCUUACACACUGUGGGAGGGAAUUGAAAUUGAUCAAAUUUUCUAGAUGGAAGCUAAAAUAGGGAUAAAAACCUUUGAGAUCUCUGUAUCUUUAGCAUCUGCAAUUUCACUUUUAAAAUAUGUUCUCAUAAAUAAUUAUGAAUAUAGGCAAAUUUUAAGUUUAAGAGAAAAUGUAUCUCACUGCCAAUAAAAAUAAGAAGAACAAAAAUUUCCAACAGUAAGAAAUUCAAUAAAUUGUGGCAGAAUAUUGUGUGGCUUUAAAAUAAUGUCCAUUAAAUCUAAUUUCAAUACAUGAAAAGUAUUAUAUUAAGUGAAAACUGGUAAUUUUAAAAUACUCAGUAUAAUGUCCUAUUUUAAUACAUAAAUUUGAGGAUCUAUGUAUUUACUAAAUUAAAAAAAAUCAGAAUUGUUUUUUAAAGUUAUCCUGUUAGAUUUGAACCUUUAGCCUGAUUUGAAAAUAAAGAUAGUCCUCAGGCUGUUUCUGGAAUAAAUGUGAAGUGCAACAGGUCAUAUGGUUUCUCCACCUGAUGACACUAUCCAUCCUUCUUAUGGCCUUUGGUCUCCCCCUGCUGGCUGUACAGACCCGGAGCCCUCCAGGAAGAGCUCCUUAGAAAAAGCUCACCAGCUGGAACUUCACCUGAUCCUAUCCCUGUCACCUGCUCAGGAUCCAUCUGAGCAGCAACAGGGCUGCUGGCAUGGUCACAGGUGAUGGAGAAGAAUGCAGUUAGGGGAACCGACAGCAACCCAAGUUGCCAUAGCUGCGAAUAUAUUGAUGACAAAAGGCUCUGUCACACUAGAAAGUAGGAUAAGCUCUGAGAGAUGUCAACGUAUUAAGUUAUAAUCAAGAAAAGAGCCCAAGAAAAUACAAUAACAAUACAGCAGUAAUCUUUAAAUGUAACCACUUAAUGUAAAUUGGUUUUUCUUUUGAGUUUAUUAUUUAAAAGACCUCAGAAAUGACACCAUACUGAGUUAUUUUAAAGAUACAUACAUGUAUUCACUGUAUGUAGCCAAGAAUUCUUUCACCCAUGCCUAAUUUACAAUAACAGAUGCUGAUGAAGAAGUGAGGAAAACUCUGAAAAUAAAACUACAAAUACCAGAUAUGGAAAAGAGGCACCUAAAGGAGCUGCUAGGGAGUACUGGCCAGCUUCUGAAAAGGAGCAUCUUAGAAAGUUUUAAAGAAACUACAAAAUUGAAAGUUAUUUAGAAGGGAUUUCAAAUCGGAAAUAAGUGGGUAGAAAAGCCUGUAAGGAGCUGAGGGACAGUGAGCAAGCCCAUGGCAAACAGAGGGUACCGGUCCCUGCACAUCUCAGACUGAGAAGGCAAGCAGGACGAGCAAGCAAAACCACCUCAUAUUGCAACAUUUCUCAUGGUCCUCUCUUCUCAAACUAUGUAAAAAUCAAGAUUUCCCACUGAAAGGGAAGCAAGGAUACUUGAGUUCUUCAAAAUAACACAUGCGUGCAUGUGUAUCCUCUUAUGUAGGGUAUAUUAUAAUAGAUCCUGUUAUGUUAUACUUUAUUAAAUGUUACAUACAUGUAUGCAUACACACACAAAUAUAUAUACACAUAUACAUGUAUGUAUUCUUACUAUUCCAUUGAUACAAUGUGAUUUUUUUCUCAUUUUUAUGAGCACACCUGGUUAGUUUUGGCAACAUUACCUGAGAAUAUAUUCUAGAAAAUCCAUUCAAAGUUUUAGUUUUUAAGUGCCACCUCUGUGCAUCUUUGGCCCACAGCCCUGACCUUCCUCUCCUAGUUGAGGAUUUAUCUUUCUCUGCCACAAGAGCAUGGAAGGCAACCAGACAUGGAUCACAGACAUCACCCUGCUGGGAUUCCAGGUUGGUUCAGCCCUGGAGAUUCUCCUCUGUGGACUUUUCUCUGUCUUCUAUACACUCACCCUGCUGGGGAAUGGGGUCAUCUUUGGGAUUAUCUGCCUGGACUGUAAGCUUCACACCCCCAUGUACUUCUUCCUCUCACACCUGGCCAUUGUUGACAUGUCCUAUGCUUCCAACAAUGUCCCCAAGAUGCUGACAAAUCUUAUGAACAAGAAAAGAACCAUCUCCUUUUUGCCAUGCAUAAUGCAGACAUUCUUGUAUUUGGCUUUUGCUCACAUAGAGUGCCUGAUUUUGGUGGUGAUGUCCUAUGAUCGCUAUGUGGCCAUCUGCCACCCCCUACGUUAUAACGUCCUCAUGAGCUGGAGAGUGUGCACUGUCCUGGCUGUGGCUUCCUGGGUGUUCAGCUUCCUCCUGGCUCUGGUCCAUUUAGUUCUCAUCCUGAGGCUGCCCUUCUGCGGGCCUCAUGAAAUCAACCACUUCUUCUGCGAAAUCCUGUCUGUCCUCAAGUUGGCCUGUACUGACACCUGGCUCAACCAGGUGGUCAUCUUUGCAGCCUGUGUGUUCAUCCUGGUGGGGCCGCUCUGCCUGGUGCUGGUCUCCUACUCAUGCAUCCUGGUGGCCAUCCUGAGGAUCUAGUCUGGGGAGGGCCGCAGAAAGGCCUUCUCCACCUGCUCCUCCCACCUCUGUGUGGUGGGACUCUUCUUUGGCAGUGCCAUUGUCAUGUACAUGGCCCCAAAUUCCCGCCAUCCUGAGGAGCAGCAGAAAGUUCUUUCCCUGUUUUACAGCCUUUUCAACCCAAUGUUGAACCCCCUGAUAUAUAGCCUGAGGAAUGCAGAGGUCAAGGGAGCCCUGAGGAGGGCACUGAGGAAGGAGAGACUGACAUGAAACAUCUCAAAGGGAACCAUGGGGAGGGAGCCUUGUUCCCUGCAAAAUAUGUAAGUAGGCUUUUUUUUUUUUGUCUUCUGCUAGAAUAAAUGCUACCUUAAAAUGGAAUACUGUAGAUCUAUACAUAUAAACUGAAGACAUAAAUCUUUUAGAAAAGAUAGGUAAAUGCAUUUAUAAUCCUGGAUAGGCAUAAAUUCACGGAGAAGACAUAAAAAUCUCUAGAUGUAAAAUGUUUAAGUUUGAUAAAUAUAGGACCUCUUCACAUUAAUCAUUGUGCCCAUCAAAGUCGCCAUUAAGAAAGAAGAAAUGCAAGCCACAAACCAAGUGAUCCUCUGGAAACUACAUGUACCCAGAAAUGGAACUGUUUAUACAGAACAUAGAAAGAACUCCUUUAAUCAACAAUCAAAAAUAUAAACAACCAAAUUUUAUAAAAUUAGCAAAACAUAUGAACAGAUAAUCUUACAGAAAAUGCAAGUGGCUGAUAAACAUACAAAUGCUGCUUUCCACCAAUAGUAAGCAAGGAAUUGUAAAUCAAAACCACCAUGAGAUAGUAUUAUAUACCCACUAAAAUGUCUAAAAUUUUUAAUGGCUUAUUUAUCGUUGAUGUUACUGUAAAUCUAUUUCUAAUAUUGGAAAUGGUCGAUACUAGCAGAGUUUGUACCAAUAGUAGCUAAGUCAGACUGAGUUAAUAAGAGCAUAGUACACAUCCUCAAGAUCAAUAGUUAGUGACUCUUCCUGUGAAGAUACACAGGUUAAUGCUUAAGGCUUUGACCUGUGUAUCAAAACAACUCAACUCUGGCAAAAGCAGCCA